GUGAGGCAAUUAGUGACAAGAAUGUCACUUUGUCGAAGAAAUGCACAGAGCAAGACCGAAAUACCACCAUUCAAAUUAACCAGGUUACCGAAGUGUGACAGCAGCUCCUCGUGCACUUUUUGGAAGGAACAUAUAUGUAAACUUUUGGAAAAAUAUCAAUAGAUUUUUUUUCGACUUGCUGAUUUGUUGGACACGUUCUGACUCUCGAGAGCGGUCAUUGCCUCGCCGUUAUUGAAGAAGGAACGAGGUAGAAGUGUCUCAGCUGCAAUUUCUUCUCUGGACCGGAGAAGAAUUAUCACUGUUCCGCUUAUCUGCACAUUGGAGGAUAUCGCUUACAUUGUAAAACUUCAUCAUCUGGCCUUCUGACAAGAAACACGAAAUGAAACCCUUUGCCUCGUUCGUCAUCCAGAUUGCAGUGACGCUCCAACUUAAGUUUUCACCUGCUCAGAGUACUCCCUCACCCAGCGUAAACAACACAACUGGAGUACUAAUGUUCCAGGAUGUGUGGGGCCGUAGUUUCUGCCGGACUAUAGAGAAGCUGGUGGAGGUGGUCCAAGAGUACCCUGGGGAGGUGGAGCACAUCUACAGCCCCUCCUGUGUGCCCCUGGUGCGCUGCGCUGGUUGCUGUGGCGAUGAGAACCUGGAGUGUCAUCCUACUCGGACCUCUAAUGUCACCAUGCAGCUGUUGAAAAUCAAGCCAGCGGAGCAGGGUCAAGAAUACGUUGAGAUGACUUUUGUGGAGCACCAGACAUGUGAAUGUAGAAUCAGGAAGGCUGUGGUGAAAAGUGAAAGAAGGAGACAGAGAGGGAGAGGAAAGAAAAGAAAGGAGAGACAGAGAGUGAAAGAUUGUGACAGGUGUCAGCCACCUCGCAGAUAACUGCAGUAGCAGCCCUACACCUGUUGCAACCGGCAUCUCUAUUUAUUCCCUGCCCAGCGCUAACAGUAUCAAGAGUCUUCAAAACAAACACAUCAAUACUGUGUGUCUCCAUGCACCUAGAGACUUAAGCAGCUGGGUUGUUAUGGUGAC